CAGUUAGUAUUAAAAAUGACGUUUCCAUAAAACCAGGUCCACAGAAUAACAUUUGCUGUAAAAACAAACCAUGGGCAAGAGAAAAACGAAAAAGAUCAAGCCGUCCAACGCAUCUGUUGCCUUGAAAAGAAGAGGUAAAUUGGAUAAGGAGUUUCACUGUCAUUUUUGCCAACAUGACCGCGCCAUAUCGAUAAAAAUCGACACUCACUUUUUCGUUGGUAUUUUAAACUGCCGCGUCUGCGGCGUCAACUUUUCUACAAAGGUCACUUCGCUCGAUGAGCCUAUAGACGUUUAUUCACUAUGGAUGGAUAAGUGUCGCGAGACUGACGCUACGAUUUCAAGUCAGCCUUCCAAGGAUAAAAGCGCCUCUGCGACAUCGCCCGCGUCGCUGGAGUCGAGUGUGCAACGGAGUAAAGUGAGAAGGGUUAUUGAUGUCAAAGAGACACCUGAAGCUGUGGAGCGGGAGAGUGAGAAGCCAAAGCCCGUGCAGGUCCCGAGGGAGGACCCUGACCAUCGGAUCCGCAUUUUGAAUCACAGCCGCAAGACGAUUCGUGACAUUGACGAGUUGGCGGAGAGUCAAGUACUUCCAAUUUCACGACCCAAGGGAUCGCAGCGGAUAAUCGGCGCCGACGAGACGGCAGACGGAGCUGAGGCCUCGCUCGAUGUGCGUGUGCACAAUCUCUUUGAUGAGGACGAUUAGUCAAGUCGAAGAUGGAUUUUUAACCCGCAGUGUGCAAUAGUUUAGUU